UCAACCUUGCCGGUAUCGAGAAGCAGCUUAACAACCGCUUCAUGCCCAUUCUCCGCCGCCCUAUACAGCGCUGUCCAUCCAGCCCAGUCCUUAGGAUCUGCGUCAACCUUGCCGGUAUCGAGAAGCAGCUUAACAACCGCCUCAUGCCCACUUGCUGCCGCCAUAUGCAGCGCUGUCCAUCCAUUCUUAUCCUUAGGAUCUGCGUCAACCUUGCCAGUAUCAAGAAGCAGCUUAACAACCGCCUUAUGCCCACUUGCUGCCGCCAUAUAUAGCGCUGUCCAUCCAUUCUUAUCCUUAGGAUCCGCGUCAACCUUGCCAGUAUCGAGAAGCAGCUUAACAACCGCCUUAUGCCCAUUCCUUGCCGCCAUAUAUAGCGCUGUCCGUCCAGCCCCAUCCUUAGGAUCUGCGUCAACCUUGCCGGUAUCGAGAAGCAGCUUAACAACCGCCUCAUGC